CUUACCCAUGUUUACUCCUCGCCCACAAUCUGAUCAAGUCUCAUGUUAUCAGCGUUACAGAGAGGAAACGUCUGGCCCACGUGUUGGGUUUGUUUUGGAGAGGGCACCAGCUUUGCAAGAAAUGGACUUUGAAAAUUUCUGUCUGGUCUGAGAUAAUUCAGCAUCGUCUUAUCUGGUCAUUCAGCUUACAGAGUGCUGUGGAGGAGUGUAUCUAUCCUCUGAUAUAGGGAUGGACUUUGUUUGAACUUGGCUGGUCACUCAUAGGAAUCCUCAACCCUCUCUCACCCACCGCUGGACAUCAGCAACCAUGUAUAGCAGUGGUUACUCCCAGGUCUCAAAGCACAGUCCGCAGGCCCAAAAGAGGAUGCAGUACCGCUCAAAGGGCAAGAGCUGUGGCUACUACAUGCGCAUUGUCUUCUUCUUCUCUUCACUCAUUCAGUCACUUAUCAUAGUUAGCCUCGUGCUCUUUCUGGUCUAUGGCAAGAAGCAGGACUCUACGUCCACAUCACGCAUCCAGGGCCUGGAGGAGAGCUUCAGCCAACUCUCCAUAGAGAAUGUUGCCCUCAGGCAGCAGAGGAAGAACCUGACCAACUUACUUAAUACCACCCUGAUUGAGAAGGCCCGAAACGACUGGGAUCUGGCCAAGCUCCGCCACUAUGCCAACAUAUCAAUACUUAUCAUCCAAGAAUACGAAAAAAAAAUGCAACAAUGCACCGCUGAAUCCCACCUGUGCAAGGUUGCACUCCAAAACUGCAAAACAAUAAUGCCAUCUACUAGUAACUGUAACUGUGGGCUGGCAAUGGAACGGAUGAAAGCCAGACUUGAGCUUGUGGAGUCCAAUUUCACCCAAACAAUGCAGAGGAUGAGGAUGGAAAUGGACCAGGUUGCCAAAGAGAGGGACUACAUUAACUUGGAGGCAAUCCGUCUGAGGAGGGACAAAUCCACACAAGAAAAAGAGUUGCAGUUCCAAAAACAAAAAUCUAAAGAUGACUUCCUCCAGUGCUUGAGCGGCGUCUCCAAUGUUUCAAAGUCUUUCCUAGAGAAGAUUGACUCCCUCUUCCCUGCACACAUCGCCUUCCAGCUCACCUGUCCGAAACAGAGGGAACACCUGGAGCAGAUCCGCACCAAUUGCACCAGCCUGUCCAGUGAAGUGGAGGGUAAGCUCCAGCUUUACCUGAACAGUGUGGGGGACCAGAUGUCAAACAUCCAGGCUGAGAACAGUCGCUUGAAGGCAGAGAAUUGGCGACUGUCUGAGGACUACCGCUGGUGCACCCAGAACCGCUCAGGCCUUGUCCAGGAGCACAAACAAAACUUCGACAAGCUUCAGCGCAAAAAUGAUCAAGACAAGGAGAGACUCCUGAUUGAGAAGAUGAGGCUAAAUGGAGAGAUUGAAGUCUUGCAUAACAGCGUCAGAUACAAAAAUAAAGAGGUUGAUCAUCUCACAGAGCAAAUCAGGCAGCUCAACAUGUCCUGCUUGGCUAAGACAGGGUUCAGUGGAUUUGGUGGAUCAACCUCUCGGAUAGGCACACCGAGUCAGUCUGGGUGGGGCUUAGGUAGUGCUGGAUCCAGCUCUACUGGUGGGGGUCAGCUUGGGAGGACAGGGUCAAGUGGGUUGGGUUCAAGCUUAGGUUCUUCUGGAUCAGCUUUCAAUAAGCCAGGAUCAACUGGGACGGGCUCUUCAAGCUCAUCUUUCUUGUCACUUGGGUCAAAUCCAAGCCUUAGCUCCACUGGGUCAGGAUUAAACAAACUAGGAUCAACUGGGACAGGCUCUUCAAGCUCUUCCUUCUUGUCACCUGGGUCAAGCUCAAACCUUGGCUCCACUGGGUCAGGAUUCAAUAAGCUAGGAUCAACUGGGACGGGCUCUUCAAGCUCUUCUUUCUUGUCACCUGGGUCAAGCUCAAGCCUUGGCUCCACCGGGUCAGGAUUAAAUAAACUAGGAUCAACUGGGACGGGCUCUUCAAGCUCUUCCUUCUUGUCACCUGGGUCAAGUUCAAGCCUCGGCUCCACUGGGUCAGGAUUCAAUAAGCCAGGAUCAACAGGGGGAGUUUUCUCAAGCUUUGGAUCAGCAGGCUCAAGUUCAAGUUCUAGCUCAAGUGGGAUAGGCUCAAAUAAACCAGCACUGAAUUCAAGAGGCUCAUCAACCUUUGGGUCAUCCUCUGGAUCAACUGGGUCAAGUACAAGCCUUAGCUCAAGUGGGAUAGGCUCAAAUAAGCCAACAACAAGUGUGAAAAGCCCCUUUGGGUCAUCCUCUGGGUCAUCUUCUGGGUCAUCUUCUGGGUCAUCUUCUGGGUCAUCCUCUGGGUCAUCCUCUGGAUCAACUGGAUCGACAAGCAAAACUGGGUCGAGUAGCUCUGGAUUUUCUUGGCUUGGGUUUGGGAGUAGUAACUCGGGCCAAAGUAAGACAGGAAGUGGAACAGGAAGUGGAACAGGAAAAGGAACAUCAAGUAGUGGAACUGGAUCGAUAUUUGGUUCAGGACGGAGCAGUGGACUGGGAGGUGGUGCAGUCAGUGUUGCUCAGCACAUUCAAGAUCUGCAGCGCAUCAUCAACCCUUCUAGUCCAGAGGAUAAACAAGAUCUCUCCAGGAUGUUGGGUUAGUUCAUCUUAUCUUGAUGAGCCAAACAAAAAGCUAGAGAGAUUUAUCCUCAUUUUCAUCUAUUAGAUGCAGCUGAAUGCAAGCGUAUCAUAUUGAGUUCAUAUAUUGUUUAUCAAUAAAUGUACUAUAUAAUAUUCAGUGUUUAUGACGGCUUAUACUUCAAUAUGCAUUUAUAAAAGUAAUUUUCAAUAACUUUUGCACUUUUGAAUAUAUAAUGUGAAGUUUGUGUUAAUGAUUUUGUAUCUACAAGGUAAACAACUUAUCAUGAAUAAGCACAUGUAGUACUUUUACAAUGUAAAUGUAUGAAAAUAAAAGCUUUGUUCAAAUGUAAGCUCA